AGUAGAACCAGUGUGCGUGUGUAUAUCGAUGCCAGUGCGCGUUCUGUUGCGAUAGACUUUGGUCGAACCGCUUGAAGCCGCGCUCAGUCGACGCGCUCUGCUCGACACGGCAUCAUCCUCAAUCCAUUCGAUCCUUCCUUAGUGUAUUUACUCGGUUUUUAUCACGUGAGAGAGAGAGAGUCUGUUAUUGUUGAACCCAAUAGAACUUGACUUGAAAGAAAAAAGAAAAUUCUUCGGCCGUUUUGUUGUUGGUGUUCCUGCCCGUUUGAACUUUGAGCGGUCAUCGUUUUCAAGUGUCGCCGUUCUCGGUCCAGCCACUUGAAAAGAGUCCAGAGGCAGAGAGAAGGAGAGACAAACACUCACUUAUGCACGUCUCUUUCCAGUUGUUGUUGUUGUUGUUGUUUAGCAUCGGUUGAAUUGAGUUUGAAGCGAAACAAUUGAAAGGUGACGGAAAUGCAGCAUCCGUGGCUAUUACCGUUUCUUCAUCCGUUAACAACAGCGCCGCCCAUCCAGCUAACUCUGCCACCACCGCAGCAUCAGCCUCAUCAUCAUCCUCACCACCAUCCUCAUCAACACCAUCACCACCCUCAUGCCCAUCAUAUCCAGCAGCAGCCUCAGCAGCAGCCUCAUCCGCAUGCCCACCAUGUCCAUCAUCACGCUGCCGCCCAUCAGCUGCCCUCGACGUCGAUGGGACUGACCCUACAGCCAAUGCUGACCCCAUCGGGGGCUCUGCUCCUGCCGGCCCUGCAACAAAACGCGGCGGCCGCCGUGGCAGCUUUUGCCGCCGCCGCUCAUCAACUGGCCGCACACCAACAAGGAUCAGCCGUGGCCGCUUACAGCGCCAUGGCCGCCACCAAUUCGCCCGUUCUCAUGGCCCCGUUUCAACCGCAACGUAGUCGUCUCAAGGUGUCCGAACGAGAGAAUCGGCCCGUGGAGGCCAAUGGCAGCGCUGCAGCAGUGGCCGCCAUGAUCAACGCGGGAGUCGCUUCAGAGGCCAAAAGGAAACAUCACGAUGAUCAAAUUGAGCCUUUUAAAGAUGUUAAGCGAGCUAAAAUUGAGACGCGGGCGUUGAAAGCCAAGCGCCCUGGAUUUACCGACGAGCGCUACAGCGAGACCGAAUACUUUUUUGAAAAUGGUCUCCGCAAAGUGUACCCGUACUACUUUACUUUCACGACGUUCACCAAAGGUCGCUGGGUUGGAGAAAAGAUCCUUGACGUCUUUGCCAGAGAGUUCCGAGCCCAUCCCGUCGAGGAAUACGAGCGGUGCAUUAAAUCCGGAUCGCUGACCGUCAACUAUGAGAAGGUGGAUAUCGACUACCGACUGAAGCACAACGACCUUUUGGCCAACAUCGUGCACAGACAUGAGGUGCCGGUAGAGUCGAAGAUCAUCGAAAUCGUCUAUCAAGAUGACGACAUGAUUGUGAUAGACAAGCCAUGUUCCGUACCGGUUCAUCCGUGCGGACGCUACCGCCACAACACGGUGGCUUUCAUCUUGGCCAAAGAGCACAACUUGCGCAACUUACGGACGAUCCAUCGACUGGAUCGGCUCACGUCCGGUCUGUUAAUGUUCGGCAGGAACCAGGAGAAAGCCCGACAGAUGGAAGUGCAGAUCCGCACGCGCCUCGUCUCCAAGGAGUACGUCUGCAGAGUCGGAGGCGAAUUCCCGAGUGGACACAUCAUGUGCACGGAACCGAUCGAAGUGGUCAGCUACAAAAUCGGUGUUUGCCGGGUCUCCCCCAAAGGCAAGGACUGUCAAACGGAGUUCGAGCGCCUCUCGUACAAUGGAAAGACCAGCGUCGUCCUUUGCAAGCCUCGCACCGGCCGGAUGCACCAGAUCAGAGUUCAUCUGCAGUACCUCGGAUAUCCGAUUGCCAACGACCCCUUGUAUAAUCACGUUGUUUUCGGUCCGGAGAAAGGCAAAGAUGGCAACAUUGGAAAGACGGACGAAGAAUUGAUCCAUGACUUGAUCUCGAUCCACAACGCCGAAAACUGGCUGGGAGGCGAAGGUGAUGACUUUGCCCCCAACUUUUUUAGUGGCGUCAUACCACCGGAAGCGACAGGCGUAGCGACUCCGUCGAGCAGCUCUGGGGGAAUGGCCAGUGGAGUCUCUAGCAGAAGCCAAACUCCUGAUGCAGCCGCAUCCAAAGAGGCGCCAACGGCAGUCGUAUCGCUUCCGGAAUUCAAACCCAACAGCGCCGACACGGAAAUUGAGGCGACCCAGGAUCAAGUCAGCACCGAGACGCUGACCGAUCCGUCUCCCUUGGCUACAUUAUCCCUAUCGCCCUCGGGAGCUGUGCUCGAGUCCGAGUGUUCCGUUAAUGAGAAACCGGCCAGCCCAACGGACAACGUCAAAAGUGAGAAUGACGGUGUCGCUGACGAUAGCGCAGUUAAACCGGAAGAAAACACAGAUCACAUUGAUCGCAAUUCACCUGAGGCCCCCAAUAAAACAAAUGACGAUUCAGCCGUUGAUAGCUACAAUUCCGACAAAGUUACAUUCGAUGAGCAUUGCUUCGAAUGUAAGACGCGCUUCCGUGAUCCCAAGCCUAAAGACUUGAUGAUGUUCCUUCACGCUUGGCGUUACAAGGGGCCUGGAUGGUCGUACGAAACACAGUUACCCACCUGGGCGCAAUCCGAUUGGCAAAAUGACGAAUAUUAGGGAUAAUGUCGAGAAUCACAUUUGUGAUUCCUCGGUCCGGUAACUUUGGUCUACCAACUAGGAGAAUGAAGAAAGAGAAGUAAAACAUAUAAUUACUAAGUUGAGAAUGAAUAUGUUGUUCAAUAUUGAUUGAAAGGAAAAAGUUAAUGACAGUGUCCACUCUGCAUCAGACAGUGGGGAACUCAAACUCACGUCUGUAGCGAAAGAUUGAUUACCUUAGUGGUCAUCUACGCGUCUCUUGUCUGUGUGUCAUUUGUGCCUUGUUUUCUUUUUCGAGUGCAGUUCGCGUUAUUGUCGUAUUCCGGCCGAUUGAGUUGUGAACAUAUCAAGAGACAAAAUGUUUUCAGUUUUCUGUUCUCCUCAACGAUUUACUUUGAAAUACAUCUGACCCGGCGUAGGCAUCCCAUCGACAUUGUUUCGAUAGAUAUGAUCAUGCCGGAGUCAAUAAAUGUUGAUUGUCUAUCAAAAGAAAAAAGUAGAAGAAAGAACGAAAGAAAGAAAAGAUAUCCCCCUUAACGAAAUCUAAGAACAGAAGUAAAAUUAUUUUUCAAGAGAAACAAAAGUUGUCGAAUGGCAAUAGUUCCAGGAAUCUUUCAUCAACGAUUCCUUCGGCCGACAGUCUCCACUAUGGUACUCCAUUGGUGUUUUUUUGUGAACCUUUUUCUCUUUUUCACUUACUUACUUUACAGCUUUCCGUCUUCUUUAUUCAUUCUUUAUUAUUUGACACAACUUUAAUUGAAAUUCAACCCAAUGCAGUGCAGGUCACUGCUCGCGCACUGUGGAAAACAUCGGCUACCACGGAUGUGUCCCUUCCUUUAUUACCCGUAGCUUGUUGGGACUGUAAUUUCACAUUAUAGUGAUCCUUAUUUUCAAUUUCAUUUCUUAUUCUCGGUCCUCUUGUGUUGUGUUCUGUAGUAUUCGACUAAUACAAUUAGCCCUUUAAAGGGCAAGCCCACAUUA